AUGGCGUCGCCGAAAAGUAGUGACUGGAUUUGCGAGAAAGCUACGCUUCUGCUGAAGAGCGUGUUUGGCUUCAGUGAGUUCCGACCCGGUCAAUUGGAAGCUAUACGAUCAGUGGUACACGGAAACGACACGGUUGUUCGCUUGACGACCAGCGCUGGGAAGUCACUGUGUUACCAGCUACCUCCACUCAUUGCGGUUUUCCUGUCUCCAGAAUGUACAACAAGUUUGGAAUGGCUAGGGCAAAUGAAAACGCUGACAAAACGAAUCUCAUUAAUUGCCAUAGAUGAAGCUCAUUGUGUCCAGGAAUGGGGUGACUCUUUCAGAGUCCAAUUCGCACAACUACACAGACUUAGACAGUUUGCAACAUGUCCAGUGAUGGUGCUUACAGCAACAGCAACAAAGGCUACCAUUGAUGUCAUAGCUGAGAGAGUUGGGCUUGAUCAUCCCAAAGUUAUCAGAGGAUCCUUAAACAGAUCUAACUUGUUUUUUCUGUUCAUGAAGAAAAAGGCAACAACUGAGUUCAGUUUAAUGCCUAUUAUUGAAGACCUACGACAAGAAAGCAAUGACUUCAAAAAGACGGUUAUCUUUGUUCGAACAAAGGAAUCAGCCACUGCCAUUUGGCAGAUGUUGUCGAAGACUGGGCUUGCAGAAAUACACCAUUCUUCUCUCACCACAGAGAGAAGAAGACAGUCAGAGAGCCAGCUCAAAAAUUCACAGGUCUCGGUAGUUGUUGCUACCAUUGGAUUUGGCAUGGGAAUCGACAUAAAAGACAUCCGAUUGGUAAUCCUCUAUGGGCUACCUGACUCUAUUCCACAGAUGUUCCAGGUAUUUUUUAUCCAUGGUGUGUGA